AUGGCAUUCAGUGAGGGCGAAUCCCCACAAGGCGUACCUCGUUCAGACCACCACGCAGCGCAACAUCAGAUGCUAGCCGAUACAUACUUUCGAAAAGAGGAAGAGGAGACUUCGAACGAGUUCCGUGGAGAGAGGGGCUUCGCAGACUGCCGGAGGAUUUUAUACCCAAGACUGUGGGAAAUUAAAUCUGUCUUUAAUUUCCGGCCCAUCACGCCCCCUUUCUUUCCUCACCGCCCGCGACCUUUCAACCACUGCGGGACCGCCAGCACCAUCUUAACAUGGGAUCCAAAUGCUCAAGAAAGGAGACAUUCUGAAUCAGGAUAUGAUCACGCGCAUAGCUUCCAGCCACCUCCAGGAUCCCGUACUGACACGACUUCAACUAUAUUGAGAGGUUCAGCUUCACCUAUGAACCGGGACUACGAGCACCACAGACCAUCGGGCCUCCGGACACCCUUCCGCGCAAUCUUUCGGCCCCUAUACCACUACAGUACUUCAGUCAGGAAGGAGUUCCGCCGCUCUUUCCGGCCCUGGCAAUCAUCGCCGUUCCCACUCGCCUUCACACACACCAUAUUCCUCACAGCAACAAUGCCAACAGGGCGCCCACAAUCCGGAGGCCGCAGUUCGCUCCACUGA